AUGGACUUGUUGCUAUUGUUUCUACUGUCGUCGACGAUUACGUCGACUUACGUUCAAGGAUACGAGAAGAACAACGAUCCAAAUGACGAGCCCUUUCUACCGAUAUAUCCGGUCUAUCCCUACAGUCCUAAAUUAAUUAAAAGAGGAAUCGAGAAAGACACCGUUACGCAACCAUCUCCGGAAUUAUACGCGCCCAAAGUCGAUGCCAAGGACUCCUAUAGCGUCAGCUUCAGCGCUAAUCACCCUCGAGAUCCUUACAACUCUAAUUACAACCCAUAUACCAAAAUUCCUUCGUCAUCUACUUACGCAUACUACGGUUCCGUUCCAUAUUCAUACCCAACAAGCCCUUACAACACAUACAAUUCCUACUCGUCCCCCUACACGAUACCUUCGUCCUCUUAUUCAACAAUGCCUUACUCGUCCGCCUAUCCUAAUUAUUAUUACCAAUCUCCCUAUUAUUACGCCGAUUACUAUAACCGGCCAUUAUUUCCGCCGCCACCAUUACCACCACCUGCUAUCGAUUACUCUGGCGCAAAGUAUUCCAAUAUGGAAUCUAACGGCAGAAAUAAAGACAAGAAACUCGGCGGUGAUAACAACUACAGGAUUAACGACGUUCAAUUUGUCGAUGGAGCCAACUACAUUUCUGCAAAUUCGAAGGAUCUCGAUAGUCAAUCAAGUACGCAGAAAACCAGCAGUUUCCAGAAUCAGUUGGAACAAACGAACAGCAUCCUGAUUAAAAAUAUUCCAAUUCCAUUACCGAAAACGACCUACAGAGUAAUCAGUGUUGCGGGACAACCGGUAGGUCCUGAUUAUCCUUUGCCAGCAUCUUACGUGAAUGCUCAGCAAAUGGAAGAACUUAUGAAUCAUCACGAUUUGGUCAAGCUAUUGGCUCAAAAUUUGCAACAUGUUCCUGAAUAUCCAGCACGUGAAUCAACCAAAAAUAGCGCGAUCAUUACGAACGAUGAUCAAGACGUGAAUCAAAACGAACGAAGCAAAAAUACGCGUUACGUUCCUGUUUCUAACAUAAUCGCUAAGACUGGUUUAACUUACGUAGUAAAUCCUACGGUUCUUAGGAAAUUGAACGUUGGAGAAGCAACUGCUCAAAUCGCACAGACAGCGAAAUCUCAAUUGAAAAACAUAAAGUAUUCAUCCUUAGCCCCAGAUGUGUAUACAGGGAUCGAGAAGCCCGAAGAAGAUCAAACCCAGUCCAACGAGUACGACAAGUACGAAAAUUACGAGAACUCGUCCUCUCAAGAUAUCCAAGACGAUUACGCGUCUGAUAAACAGCAGCAGAAUUACGAUAUAAAUCCGGUCCAGUCUUAUCAGAAUCAAAAUUAUGUCACGAGGCAAACACCUCGUGGGUAUAAUUACCAGUAUACCAGCUAUAACCCAUCGCAAACAACCUCUCAGCGGCAAUCGCAGCAGUACCAGAAUAAUUUGGACAAUGCAAAUUUCGGUGCUAAAACGAAAAAGACAUAAAUUUCCGGAGAUUAAGAAAGUGAAAGGGAAGUGGAAGAAGUCCCGUUGCUAUGGUGUUAUAAUUUGUUUUUUCAGAGUUUUAUUUCUAUAUCAGUAGUCGAAUAAGAUUAGCGUCGAUACGAUAUUUAUAAUUUAAUUAAGCGUUCUUCUCUCACUUUUUCAACGAUUGCCAUCAGUGUGUCUUCAAUAUAAGGGUUAAUUUAAAAAAAGAAUCAUGCGCUUUUCUGACAGAUCGCACAAGAUGCCGUACCUCAUAGCAUAUUCUAUAAUACAAUAUACGAUCUUCACGUUACAACGUACCGCUUUUAUUCGUUUUUUAC